CAGAUCUAGUUCCUCUUCCUCAUUUCCACUCACAGAAACUAACACCCUGUGUUGACUAAAACUUCAUCUUUCUGGAUCUUGAUCUGAAAAACCAUCCUAAUAUCUUGUAGUCUUUACCUAAUUAUUUGUUUUAAGAAGGAAAUGUAGAAAAUUCGUUUCUUAGUGCAAUGAUUUUGAAGAUGAAUUCAAUCUGGUUUGAAUCAGUAAUGGCAAGAAGAAUUCCAAAAAGGGUCUGGCUAGGCUUCCAAAAAACUCAAGGUGUCCUCGUGGGUGGAAAUCACACCGCUUCCAGGUUUUGUACUCGUUAAAUUUUACUUCAAUCUCGAGCUAAUCUCUCGUUUCUUGAAUUAUUUUUCUCAUCUGUUUUUUUCUCUAAACUGAAAACAACGAAAAUCACUGAUUUCUAAUCGGCGUCGAGCUUCGGGCAUUUUCUGAUCGAGCUUCUUGCAUUUUCAUCAAAAGAUUUUAUCUCAAAUGAAACUUGGGUACUGCAAACAAGAAAAAAUCAUGGCUUUUAAUGCAUGGAAAUUGCAUACCCUUCGUGGAUCCAUAGCUAGGAGAGUAUUUUUUCGUACCAUUCUAUUUGCUACAGCUAUGGCAAUAUUUCCUUUUCUGCAAUUAACAUGCAAUAAGGAAACUAUGGUCACCUAUGAGGUGAAGUCUGAUAGUAAUAUCAAAACUGUGGCUUCUGAUACUUCCUAUGAGGUGAAGUCUGAUAUGAAAAUCAAAACUGUGGCUUCUGAAAGCUCCCAUUUAUUAAGCCCUAAGCAGUUUCUGAAACCGAUUUCCUCAUAUGCAUUUUCGAAGUUGCCGACAUUUUUAGCAUACAAGGAAAAUGAAAAUCUCACUACCAAGAUGUUUAGAGAGCUUAUUGAUAUGAAGUUGUUGAAUUCUAACGUUAAAGCUCUUUGUGUUGGGGAGGGAUCGGCUUUGGCUGUGUCAGAGUUAAGAAGGUUAGGAUUUACAAAUGCUAUUGGAGUGAAACGGCAUUUAUUUUCUUUCCUUACCCGGAAAAGCUUAAUUCGUGAGCUCGAUCUAGAUGAUCUAGAAUGCAAUUCGUUCGAUUUUGUUUUCUCUAGAGCUCCUAGUAGGGUUUCAGUCCCUGCUCUGUUUGUUAUCGAAAUUGAGCGCAUUCUUAAAUCAGGUGGCAUUGGAGCUAUAGUGCUCGAAAUGACUACCUCGGGUCCUGGUAACUUGAUUAAAACCGUUACUCCUAUUUCAUCUUUCCUGAAAAGCUCAGAUGUUGUACACGUGAGCAGUGUUGAUUCGUUCUCAGUUGUUGUCUUCAAGAAAAAACAAGACACUGUAAAUCCUUUUGAGCAUUAUCAGCUUCCCGAUGAGUGUGCAUCUAUUAAGAACACCAAGCCGCUUAUUGAACAUCUGGAACCACUAGAGAAAAAACCACUAGGGAGGGAAGGGAAUUUUUCUUACUUACCCAAGUUCUUAGACGUCUCUUCAAGAAAAAGGUUCAUUUAUAUUGAUAUAGGACCUGGGCAAUUUGUCAGUUCUAAUGUCACGAAUCGAUUCUUCAAUUCCUAUCCUAUGGAUUCUCGAGAUUUCAAUAUCUAUGUAGUCGAUCAUGACACGACUGUACUCACUUCUUAUGUGAAUAGACCUGGUAUCACCUUUGUUUAUCAUCCCGGCUUGUCUGGGAAUAAGAUCGCUGAAGUUUCAGAGGAGGUCGAUGACUUUUUUCCCUAUCUGAGUGAUGAAGGUUUUGAUUUUCUAGUUUGGUUUAAAUCAAUAGUGACUGAUGGAGAUUUUGUAGUCCUGAAAAUGAAUGCAGCUGGAGUAGAAUUGAAAUUCCUUCAUGAACUAUUUGAAACCGGAGCAAUAUGCCUUGUUGACGAGCUCUUCCUUCACUGCCCAGAGAGUGCAGAUACCAAAGAUGGUGCGCGAGGAGAUUGUGUAGACAUGGUCGAGGGCCUGCGAAAUACUGGAGUGUUCGUCCAUCAGUGGAAGGACAAUUAAACUUCAUAGAAAGUUUUAUUGGUGGAAAGUUCUUUAUCUAUUACUGUUGAACUUCUAAUUAUGUUUGUUGAAUUUCCUUAUUUACUAUGUUGUCGAACUUCUCCUAUGGUUGUGUGUUGAAUUUCUUUGUUUACUAUUUUGUUGAACUACUCUAGUUAUGUUUGUUUGAGGUACAGGGAAAAAUUAUAGCUUCCCCUGAUUUAUAAUUAUGUAUCUGAACUCGGUAUGCGGUGUGCUUAUUAUAAGAAUUGUGGUGUGCUUAUAUUUA